AUGGCUGACCGUCAAAGAGACCGUGCCACCCCUAAUGGCAAGCAUAAUACAAACCCAAACCACACGAAGCCGACAUCGAAGCCGACGCCAGCAUCACCACCCACCGGUACACCGGCUUACCAGGCUUACCCGACCACUGGGUUUACUUACAAUUUCGUGGGAGCAACUCCGCAAUACUACGGAAGCAAUAUUCCCUAUGCUCCAGGAGCGUUCAGUACCAAUCCAUUUCAGGGUGGCAUCAUUCCCAGAGGAAAUGGGAAUUACGGGAACCCCAAUACCAACCCCUAUGGAAAUAAUAAUCCAGGUCCUACUACGUUUACUUCACAAACCUUCGGUCCGCCCCCUGGUGCAAUGGGAUCACCAUUUCCUAAUUUGGAUUUCAUAGGACAGCAAUUGGGGUUGUGGCCUCAAAAUUACACCACGACAACAACCCCAGUCAUGGGUACAGUACAAUAUCAACAACAUAUUCAAUACCAACCGGCACUUCCAAAUCUCAACCAGUCGUUGUUGAAUACCCCCCUACCCCCACAGCAGCCGUACAGAUUCAAGGACAACACACCCAGGCAUCUGUCUCGGAACGUACGAAAUCCAAAAGAAUCAAAAGACGCGAAAGACCGAAAAUAUCCUUGUCCGAUAUGCAGCAAAGAAAUUUCUCGCGAAUGGAUGAAGCAACACAUGGAACGCGUACACAACAGACCUCACAAGGAUAAGACUCCAGUUUUACCUAAAUCGCCGUAUAAUGGUGGCCCUCUGAAAUGCGACCAAUGUUCUUCGUCGUUUGCGGAUGCGAAACAUUUAAGAGAUCAUCAGUACAAGAUACAUCGUCCUGACUCGAAAUACAAUCGAUCGCGAAAACCCGUCGAGGGAGGCUUACCGUGUCCACGGGGUUGCGAUAAACGAUUCGAAAACGAGUAUCUUUUAACUCGGCAUAUGAAAGAAAACCACCCGGAAGUACAUGAGAAGUGAUCAUGAGCGUGUGGCGUCUAGGGGGCGUCUAGGGAGCGUACAUAGGUACCCAAAAAAGCGCAAC